ACGGGUAACGGGGUUUGGUUGUGUACAUUAGUGUUUUGGUGUACUUAAGUUUCAUAUAAACAGCAUUAUAUAAACAGAAUUUUCAUUUCUGACUGUUCUCAUGUAUGGAUAUAACGUACAUGGUUGUGACUGUCGGUCGGGAGGGAAGGCAACGGCAAUGAAGAGCUUGACCGCAUAAACAAAUAACAAAUCAAGAAGAACUCCGGUGCAAAUAUGGGUUCCGGGUCAUCUCAAGCAUCCAAAAAUGAAAACAAAACUCCGUCACAGAAGCAGCAGCAACCACAACAACAACAACAGCAACAGCACGAGCGCCUUCCCGGAAGUUCCGUUCCACCGAAGGGACUUCCGGUUAAGCAAGGUGUUAUUAGCAGACAGAAGGACGACCAACCUGCACCUAGCGGCCAUGUGUCAACCGGAAACGGAACGAGGGAGGCGUCGGUUGCGGUAAAUGGAGGCGUGGGCGGACAAAUCGAAAGUAAGGGACAGGAAGGGGAGAGCGAGUUCUCGUCUCAAGUUAAACGGCGACAGUCCAGAGCGAAAAGCGCCCGUGCGAACCGGAAUGAAACCAAGCACCUGGUGAGACGGAUGGAACAAGGCAUGGAAGAUGACGAUGAUGUUGACAACAUCCUCGGUUUGGACCAAAUGAAGACUCGAUACCAGUUGAAAAGGCAGAAGACGAUGGCCCGCAUGGAAAACCAACGCAAAUUGGUGGCGCGUAACCGCUUUCAGCUGACCGGACAAAAACUAUUCGGAAAAGACAAAUAUACAGGGCCGCGGACACCGGAUGAAGAAUUAUAUCUUGGAAACAUGGACAUUGAAUGUCUUUCCACUGCCAGGGUGGUCCGCAUAUUCACCUCCAGCACAUUUACAGACACCCAGCACGAGCGUAACACGCUCAUGGAGACGGGAUACCCUGUAGUUAAGAAGUUCUGCCAGGGACUAGGGUACGACUUCCAGGUGGUAGACAUGCGAUGGGGCAUCCGGGACCAGGCCACAGACGACCACAUGGGCACCGAUAUCUGUAUCAGGGAGAUUCGUAACAGUCAGAACGUUUCUACUGGACCUUCAUUCGUGUCCUUAAUGUCUCAUAAAUACGGUUACAAAGAUUUCCCGAGGACAAUCGAAGCCGCAGAAUUUGAGACCAUCAUGCAGAACGUUGAUUCUGAUGAAACGAAGAAACUGUUUAAGAAAUGGUAUGCGAAGGACCUGAAUGCGGACCCUCCGGUAUAUGUGGCGUUCCCUAUCAGCAUUCACUUGCCAGACUUCCUCAGUACUGUUAAGGACAAAAAGGACGCCGCGAAGAAAGUAUGGUGGGAGGAGAGCGAGGUAAUACAGGAGACAUUGGAGAAUGUAGCCCAGGAGGUGUUUGACGCGGAAACUGCUCGCAAAUAUAUCCGCUCCAUCACGGAGACGGAGGUACACAGUGGUCUUCUUACUGUCUCCGAGCUUGGUAACACGUGUCUCUGGAUACACAGGACCAUCGAGGACAUCGGCGACCAGGAGAGCAACUUCCUCCUGUCUAGGUUUAUAGAGUGCUCAUACAGCAAUUCUGAGAGGAAGCUCCAAAAGAUUCGAGAAAUGCAGAUUCCUUUAAAAGAGGAAAUGAAGUCGAAACUGGGGGACAACAUACUGGAUUACACAGUAAAAUGGGAUAAAGAAAAGGGUAUUAACCCAAAUAGUCCAGAGCACAAGAAAUAUCUUGCCAAAAUGAAGGAGGACUUCGUGUCCAAGAUGUGUGCUUUGAUAAAAACUGCUGUGGAUGCAAAAACAGCAAGUCAUGAUACGCUUACAAAGGAAAUCACUGAACACAUACAAUUUUGUCAAAAGAAGUGCAAACAAUUCCACGGACGGGAAGAAACUUUAAAGAAAAUCGAGAAUUAUGUGAAAGGCCUCGGCGACGAACCCUUUGUUCUUUUUGGGGAGUCGGGCACAGGCAAAACGUCAAUUAUGGCCAUGGCAGCCAAGUGCUGUGCCAAAUGGACAAACAAUAAAUGCGCAACAGUUCUUAGAUUUAUUGGAACCACCCCGGACAGCUCCAGCAUCGUGGGUCUUCUGACCAGUAUCACGUCUCAAAUAAGGAAAGCAUACGGUAUCGACACGGAUGUUUCAAAGGAUCUCCGAAUGUUGACAGAUGAGUUUGCUUUGAGCUUGUUUUCCCCAAACAACGACAGGCCGUUGGUUAUUCUAUUGGACUCACUUGACCAACUGGACACGUCGCACAAUGCUAGGCAACUCCAGUGGCUACCAAUGAAACUGCGACCGAAUGUGAAAGUCAUUGUGUCAACGUUGCCGGAAAAUCAGUUUGAGGCGUAUCCAAUAUUAAAGUCAACAAUACGAGCAGAUGCUAAUUUAGUUAAAAUACCGACACUAACGUCUGAUGACUUUGAGAAAAUUAUCGACAAAUGGUUGAAAUUAAAAAAGCGAAACCUUACCCCUGAUCAAAAAAAUCUGCUGCUGCACAUGUGCAAGAAAUGCCCUUCUCCGCUGUUUUUGAAACUGUCCUUUGACAAGGCUUGCAUGUGGACCAGCUUUGCAACAAAGGGUACCACUGCUCUCGAGCCUUCCAUCCGAAAAAGUAUCGACACACUUUUUGAACGUUUGGAGGUGAUGCACGGGAAAAUCUUUGUUUCACAUGCGCUCGGGUACCUGACCAUUUCUAGGUCCGGUCUGACGGAGACUGAGCUGGAGGACAUCCUGUCAUGUGACGACGAGGUGCUCAAUGACGUAUACAUGUACUGGACCCCGCCCAUAAGGCGCUUACCACCCAUGCUGGUCAUCAGGCUGAGGGCUGACCUUGAGGAAUACCUAGUUGACCGAGGUGCCGACAACGUCCAGGUAAUGUACUGGUACCAUCGACAAUUCAUCGAGGCUGCCAGGAAUCGCUACCUUGGUGAUGAGAACGUAACCCAGAAACUUCACACUUCACUCGCAGCCUUCUUUGCAGGAACAUGGGCCGGCGUAAAGAAGGACUACGUCAGUGCUAAAGGCGAAAAAGGCUCAGCAGAUCGUCUCGUGUCACAGCAGCCCAACAAAUUCGGCAGUUCUUAUAACCUCAGAAAGCUGAACAACUUACCAUAUCACCGAUGUUACGGAACGCAAAAGGAUUUGGCCAAAAAAGAAUCUCUUUGCAAUUUUGAUUUUUUGAUGGACAAACUGAAGGCGACAAAUCUUUGGUCUAUAAUGGAGGAUCUAGCACUUGCACGUACGGUUUUCCCAGACGACGAAGCCAUUGAAAGUGUCUACGAUGCAUUGCGUCUUUCCCAGCAAGGAAUAUUCAAUGAUUCAAACCAGUUCAUCCCUCAAAUGCUUGGAAGACUUCCCCAAAACAAGAACACAGGGGAGUUUCUGCGGGCGUGCCGAGAACAUACAGUAGCCACAAUUCUACCAGAUAAAAAGAUACUGUCCCAGCCUGGCGGACAGCUAAUACACAGUAUGGCCGGACACAAGGGAGAUAUAUUGUCCCUGGACCUUUCUCGAGACAGCAAAGUUGCCCUUUCUUGUUCGGACGAUGGCUCAGUGAGGCUGUGGAACGUUCAGUCAGGGCAGCAGAUACAGAUGUAUGACGGCCUGGGCAAAAUAUCGAAGGUGCGGUUUUGUUGCAAUGAUACGUAUAUGAUCAUAGACACCUAUCAGAAACUGACGAUCCGCAAUGCUAUUACAGGAGAGAAAGUGUUCGACUUAAAGUCCAUAUCAGAUGACAACCCGUCCUGUUUAUGCGGAGAAAACAAAUCGGUGUUGAUAGUGUUUGAAGGGCUUUCAACAAAGGGCUUUGACCUCAUGAAUGGAUUGCCGAUUCAUGAUUUCCAAUGCUUUGAAUCUGAAGGCGAUCUGGUGUUUGAGUUUCCGAGUAUUGCUGCAGGUUCCAGAAAUUUCGCGGCGGUCACGACGAAGGACCAGUUGUACUUUGCUGUCGUUGAUCUAAGGAAGAAGCAAUGUUCCGAUCUGUUUCGUGGAUUUGAACCAUUCAUAGAUAAUGAAAUAGAAGAGGAGGUAGAGUACGAGGUGAACGAGCUGGCCUUUACUGUCGACGAGAAACACCUCAUCUAUAGCAACGUCUACAACAAUGACAUUGUCGUGUUUGACUUCAGAACGUUCAAGAAGAUCAAUGUUGUCAAAGGUGAUCCAAAUGAUUACACAAGAAGUCUCCAUUGUGCUUAUGACUCGAAGACUUUCUAUUUUGCUAAUUUCACCUUUGUCAAGUUUCUUGAUUGCAAGACUUCCAAGAUCUCCGACGAGUUGGAACAUCCGGUGGAUGUGCAAAAUGUGUGUUCCAAUGAUCUGAAGACAAUUGUAACGUCAGCUGAAGAUUGGAUUGUCAGAGUCUGGGACAGAACUAAAAAGGUCCAAAAGAUGAGUCAAACCACAUCCAUGGACGCAAAUAGAAUCAGGAUACUGUGUUCACUGAAGAAUUCUCGCUACGCUGUUGGGUUUGGUUUCAAGACAAAAGAAAACGAUAGCCAGUUUCUGUUCAUAUACGAUGUAUUCAAGCAGUGCUCUGUGAAAGAGCGAGAGUUGGACUGUUCAAUAUUUCACAUGGAAGUUUUGAACGACGAAGAAAUCAUUGUUGUUCAUGACGUUGUACAGAAACUAAAGAUCAUCAAUCUUGACUCUCUCAGCGUUACCAAGGAAAUGGAGGGAUAUUUGCCGAGCACAAGAUGGAGAUUUGAAAUUGUCCAUAAACGCAAUGAGGUGAUAUGCUUGAGCGCCGGUCGCCACAAUGUGAAGACGUACAACCUCCAGACAGGCAAGACAUCCUGUGUUCUCCAAUCUGGCCAACAGUACAAGCUGGAUGGUGCAUGUGCAAGUGCUGCUGGAAACAUCGUGGCUGCUUGGAGCGAGGACGGCUGUGAGGUGAUCGCAUUUGACGUGAACAAAAGUAAAGUCCUGCAUACGUUCAGGUCUAAACGUACGCCUUUUCUCAAUGAAGACGCUGUGGCCGUUAGCGAGGAUGGAAAAUAUGUCCUGUUUAAAGUUGAAGGUCUCAUACCAGGGGUUCCAAAGGGCAGUAAACGACAGGAAGAAGACUCAUUUCUCGAAGUGUGGGAUACAAAAAUGGGAAAGCUGAUUGCAGAGCUAGUAGAUGCGGAAUAUCACAACCGAUACACGUCGACCAAGGAGAGAAGCGGUUGUUCUGUAGGCGUUGAUGUUUUCCAGCUUAUGGAUGCGAGCACUGUUCUGUCUGCGCAUGAUGACUUCAUUUUGAGGGUGUUCAACAUAAAAAAUGGCACACUGCUACACCGAAUUCACGGUCAUCGAUCUGGCAUUGAGAUCUCCUUCUCUCCUGGUAGUCCAUACAUCCUCACGUUUGGCAGCUGGCAGGAGGAAAUGACGCUACGUCUUUGGGAUAAGGCGUCCUAUGAGACAGUUGCCUCAUAUACACUGGACAAAGGGGUAACAAACCUUGGCUACAGUUUAGACAACCGCUUUAUUCUGGCUACCAUUGGAAAACCGGCAGAGAUUGUAAUGUGGAAGUUUAACAACUUUCCUAUAGACAUUUCGUGUAAACCAUCCGACUACCCAGAGAUCUACACCAAAAAAGACACUUCCGGUUACCUUGAGCUCGUAGGGGACAACGACCAAGUCGUCCUUGACCCCGCUGAUCCCGACCUUGAUACUGAAGAGAACGCGUCCGAUGACGAUGAUGACUUUAUAUAGGGACGUUUAGUGUCAAAAUGGUUGAGUAUGAAUGAAGUGUUCAGGAUCUUCUCUCGGAAGCUCAAUAUGUAGACACGUUAAAGAUACUUCCCAAAAUUAUCGAUCGUGUGUUUUGGAAACAAUCGUUUAACCUACCUUUAAAUCAAUGAGGAAAAAUACUCAGGUUUUCACUUGUGGCUUUCAGAUUUUUUUACAUCAAGUUUUUUGUUGUUGUUUUUUUUACAAGAAAACUGUGAUAAACAUGUAUUUCAGGCUGUAUACAUAUUGUAUAUAUUAUUCGUAUCUACUUUCAACUUUGUUUAAUGUCUGUUUAUGAUGUGUUUACAUUUUACAAUCAUGCAUAACGACAUAAUCGUUUUUUAAAUAACUUUGGUUAAAAAACGUAGUAUAUAUUUUGUUUACAUAUUUUCAUAAUUGUUUCGUUAUUUAAUAUAUAUACAUAUAUGUUUUUUAUAAGACAUAAAUGUAUAGCACUGCGUUAUUAACGAUUGAAAUUGUCUGCAUAAUUUGUAUUUGAUAUUGUUUUACGGUUUCUAUAAUCAUUUUCAAUGCACAUUUUCAUCAAGUCAUUUUUUAUUUACAUUGUCAAAGACAAUGCGACUCAUAGAACAGUUAAUCAACGCCUACUUAAUUUUUUGCCAUUCCUCAGUGUGUAUACCACGUGAUAAAUUACGUCAUAAAUGUGACAUGGUUUUAUAACAAUUCAACUUGCAGUGCAAUGGUAAUAGAAGCAAGACGUAGUACAAUCUUCGAAGCUUCCUCUAUCCUGUCGUCUAGAUUUUAUUUUGGCAUAAUAUCACUACGUUAUAUUCAUUUUAUUUGCUAGUUUUAAUACGCUGAGAAAUAUAUGUCGAGAAAUUGGUUAUUUAUAUUGAAAGAAACCAAUAAACGUACAAUUUACCUAAACAUAUUAAUCAAGUCAGCUGGAUUUGAGAUAUUCACAAACAUUGCUGUGGAAGUCCUAUUUAUUAAUUGUGUUCAGUUGAUUAUCUAUUCUUUUUCCAGGCUACAGUUUAUUCUGACUAACAUUGGAAAACCACUAUAUUAUUGUAUACUUCAUAUUUUGUUAACAUUUUUUCGCAACUGUUUUGUCUCCGAUUGAUACAUAUUUUUAAGUACAUACAUGUUUUAGAGAUUACACCAUUGGUAUUGUUUUAAUGUUUCAAUAAUCCUGUUUACACUACAUAUUCAUCUAGACAUGUUUUAUAUGUCUAUUUGCAUUUCUAUAUAUUUCUGGUGUCAUGUGUUUCUUCCUGCCCUCAGAUAAUUGCGUAAAAAUGUGCAUGCAAUAUGUUGAUGCAAAGAACAUUGAUCAGAAUCAAUACUCUAAUAAAGUACUGUACACUGAAUGUGGGUACACAUCAAAAACAAAAAAUAUACAAAAACGACCGUUGUUGAACUGUAUACACAUGUAUAGUAUUGCUUUAACGUUUGUAUUAUAUUGUUCCUUCCGGAAUCUCAGCAUUAAACUUCCGUAGUUCGAAUAAAAAUAUCUCAACAAG